GUGCGGCGCGGAGGCGGGGCGGCGUGUGUUGGGGGCUAGCCUCGGUGUCAGCCAUCUUUCAAUUGUGUUCGCAGCCGCCGCCGCGCCGCCGUCGCUCGCCAACGCCAGCGCCGCCUCUCGCUCGCCGAGCUCCAGCCGAAGGAGAAGGGGGGUAAGUAAGGAGGUUUCUGUACCAUGGCUCGUACAAAGCAGACUGCCCGCAAAUCGACCGGGGGUAAAGCUCCAAGGAAGCAACUGGCUACAAAAGCCGCUCGCAAGAGUGCGCCCUCUACCGGAGGGGUGAAGAAACCUCAUCGUUACAGGCCUGGUACUGUGGCACUCCGUGAAAUUAGACGUUAUCAGAAGUCCACUGAACUUCUGAUCCGCAAACUUCCUUUCCAGCGUCUGGUGCGAGAAAUUGCUCAGGACUUCAAAACAGACCUGCGCUUCCAGAGUGCGGCUAUUGGUGCUUUGCAGGAGGCAAGCGAGGCCUAUCUGGUGGGCCUCUUUGAAGACACCAACCUGUGUGCUAUCCAUGCCAAACGUGUCACAAUUAUGCCAAAAGAUAUCCAGCUAGCGCGCCGCAUACGUGGAGAACGUGCUUAAGAAUCCACUAUGAUGGAAAACCUUUCAUUCUUUAAAAAAAAAAAAAAAAAAAAAAAUUUUCUCUUCUUCCUGUUAUUGGUAGUUCUGAAUGUUAGAUAUUUUUUUUCCAUGGGGUCAGAAGGUACCUAAGUAUAUGAUUGCAAGUGGAAAAAUAGGGGACAGAAAUCAGGUAUUGGCAGUUUUUCCAUUUUCAUUUGUGUGUGAAUUUUUAAUAUAAAUGCGGGGACAUAUAAAGCAUUAAUGCAAGUCAAAAUGUUUCAGUGAACACGUUUCAGCAGUUCAACUUUAUAACAAUUAUAAAUAAACCUGUUAAAUUUUUCUGGACAAUGCCAGCAUUUGGAUUUUUUUAAAACAAGUAAAUUUCUUAUUGACGGCAACUAAAUGGUGUUUGUAGCAUUUUUAUCAUACAGUAGAUCCAUCCAUUCACUAUACUUUUCUAACUGAGUUGUCCUACAUGCAAGUACAUGUUUUUAAUGUUGUCUGUCUUCUGUGCUGUUCCUGUAAGUUUGCUAUUAAAAUACAUUAAACUAUA